GAUGCCAUUUUGAAACAGGCUUCACCAUUUGGUAAUAGCUUAUUUAGCCCUUGUUCAUUUUCUUAGUGUCUAUCUAAUUCCCUCUCCAAUGGCAUCCGCUACUCCAUUGAAUAUUCCUGCCUCUGCCGCUGCCUUAUUUCAAGAUCUUCCAAAAGAGAAAUGGUGGGGAAUCAUUGAGUACGUCCAGUUUGAAGGUUUCUGGUACUCAGCUCCCCGCCUUCAAGCUUCUCUUACUGCCAGGUCGAACUUUGAGGCACUUGACGAUGAUGUUAUUCUCGCCUCUUGUCCCAAGACUGGCACCACUUGGCUCAAGGCUCUUAUACCAUCCAUCAUGAAUCGUACUGGAGAAUUUAAAGACGAUGAUAGCGAUGACCCUCUGCUCAAAAACCAUCCAAAUGCCUUCAUGCCUUCUUUGGAAAUGAAAAUUUUCAGAGACACCCCAAAUCCUGAUCUUUCGGAUAUGGUCUCUCCAAGACUAUUCCGAACUCACGUUCCGUACACAAUGCUCUCAGAAUCUGCACAGAAGUCUGACUGCAAGAUUGUGUAUAUCACCAGAGAUCCCAAGGACGCAUUCGUGUCGUUUUGGCACUUCAUGAACACAAACGUGCCACCAUCACUCGGUAAACUCCCUAUAGAUGCAGCCUUUGAGAGCUUCUGCAAAGGGGUUUAUCCAUUUGGGCCAUUGCAAGAUCACGCUUUAGGCUAUUUUCAGGAAAGUCAAAUGAGACCUGAGAAAAUACUUUUCUUGAAGUAUGAAGAGCUGAAGGAAGACCCAAAAGGGCAAUUGAAAAAGUUGGCUUCAUUCCUCGGAAAGCCUUUUGUUAAUGAAGAAGAAGUUGAUAAAAUUCUAUGGAGGUGUAGCUUGGAAAGGCUCAAGAGUUUAGAGGUGAACCAAAAUGGGGUCGACCCUUGGGAUGGUUUGGCUUACAAAACAUAUUUCAGGCUCGGCAAUGUUGGGGACUGGAAGAACAGCUUAACCCCUGAAAUGAAAGACCGACUUGACGAAAUUACACUCAAGAAACUUGAAGGAUCUGAUCUUGUAUUUGGAAGUUCAUAAACCUGGAAAGCGAUCUUCUUGCUCUUUCAGGAAUAUGGCUGCAGUGGCCAUUUUUGCUCUGCUUAUACUCUAUUUCCAUUAAAUUUCUGUUUGAAUAGCUACCAGUCUCUGUUGUUCGCAUGUCAAUUAAACUUGUUCAAGCUCUUUGUGCUGAGGUUAAUCAUAAGUAAGACGGAAAUUGAGUUAAGAAUUAGAUUGGCUUUGUAAUGUGAUAUAUGUGAAUGAAGAAUAUGACAUGAUUUUGAAAAUA